GCCUUUUAUCUUUAAAAACACACGGAUGUCAAGUCAAGUCGAAUGAAAAAAAAAAAAAACAAAAUAAAAUAAAAUGAUCCGUUUUACGAGCGUUCGACAGGCGUCGUUUGUUUUCUAUUUCCGUGUGUUAAACUGUCGUUAACGCCGAGAGAUUACGGCGGGGCGUUUUCUUUCGGUCAUUCGAAAUACACCGUGAAAGGGAGUCGGUCGGCCGGCACUUGAAAUGAAGGACGAUCCGGGUGGUAAAUUGAAAACGUCUCGUUGUUUUGACAGAAUGUUGGAAUUGGUGAAACGGGUGAGCAUGGUGGGCAGUCCCACAUCCUACAGUGCACGUGUCAGUUUAAGGAAGAAAGAUAAGAGUGCGAAAAACAGUUUGGUUAUCAGGCCAAGUAGUUUGUUGUGUGCGGGAAACUCUGAGGACUAUUACGGUAACAACAUUCAGCAACAAAGUAACACUUGGAAGUUUCACAAACAGAGACCCAGUUCUCUUAGUGAUGUUCCACCAGCACCCACCGUGAACCAGGGCUCACCUGUAAGGUGCGCCCAAAAUCGGGGUAACAUGGACAGCCCGAAAAAGUCGCCCCAGAACAGCCCUGCAGAUAAAGCCACCGUUAAGGUUCAUUCUCCUAAUGGUGGAUUUAAUGUAGUCCGAUAUGGAGGCACUAUCGACAUUAAGGGCAUCAUAUCCACGGUCACAGAGAGACUGUCGACCGGCGAGAGGGACUACAAGAGUCUGUACGCCAUGCGUCUAUCCAGACCGCCUUCCAGCGAGGUUCAUUGGCUCCAUCAGGACACAACAAUGCAGCAAGUCCACGAGAAGUACUUGAAAAAGCAUCCAAACUCCGAAUGGCGUUACGAUCUGAGAAUCCGAUAUUUACCCACCAGUUUAAAGGAGUUAUACGACAGGGACAAAGUUACUUUCCAUUACUAUUAUGAUCAGGUUCGUGCGGACUACUACAGCGAGUGGCACAAGAAGAUCGACCAGGACGUGGCCGUACAGCUGUGCUGCCUGGAGAUACGCAAGUACUUCAAGGACUCGCCCCAGAACGUGCUGGAGAAGAAGUCGAGUUUCGAGUACAUGGAACGCGAGGUGGGCAUGCAGAAGUUCGUGCCGUCGAGCAUUUUGGAGAAGAUGAAGUCGAAAUCGUUGCGCAAAAGCAUCCAGUCGCAUUUCAAGAAGUACGCCCACCUCACGGACGUCGAGUGCAUGUUCAAGUUCCUCGAGAUACUGAAGAUGCACACGAACUACGAUCAGGAGCGGUUCAGGGUGGAUUUCGGCAGCAGUUUCACCGUGCCCGUGGAUCUGGUCAUCGGGCCGGACAUCGGUAUUUCGCACAUAAACGUGCAGGCAGCUACCACAACUAACAUAGCUGAAUUUGAACAGAUUCAAGCGAUUCAAACUCUAGUCAACGAUUGCGAUGAGCAUGCCAAAGCCACGUUGCAGCUGAAAGUUGCCGGUAAACAGGAAGUUUUAUUCUUUACCUGUCCCAAUUUGGAUGUGGCGGAGAGUCUAGCCGACUUGAUUGAUGGCUAUUGUAGAUUACACUCAGGGUCCCAAACUUCUAUCUGGAAUAGAAAAGCUACAAUUUGGAAACAAUUUCCUUGUCCAUGUAAAGAUUCCAAUCCUUCUAAACUUAAAUUGAGUAGUCAGAAAGACGGUUUUCCUAAUCCCACUGGAACUAUGCUUUCAGAGGACUAUGCCGAAAUUGUAGAGGAAGGAGAUUAUUCAAUACCUGCUGUGAAAAACUAUGAAUUGAACAGAAGUCACAUAGAGUUAGGGGAAAUCCUUGGUGAAGGUCAGUUUGGUGACGUGCACAAAGGAAGCUAUAAAGUCAAAGACCAGUUGAUGCCAGUGGCUGUGAAAACCUUGAAGGGAGACUCCGACCAUGCUCGUACCGAGAAAUUUUUGGAGGAAGCUUAUAUAAUGCAAAAAUUCGACCAUAGCCACAUUAUCAAAUUAAUUGGCGUGUGCUCCGACUCGCCGGUCUGGAUUGUAAUGGAGCUGGCGAAACUGGGAGAGUUACGUGCCUACCUCCAGAAGAACAAGGAUCGUUUGGAUUUGGCCACCCUUCUACUAUAUGCAUUCCAGCUGUCAACCGCUUUAAGUUAUCUAGAAUCUAAGAAAUAUGUACAUAGAGAUAUUGCGGCCAGGAACGUGUUGGUCAGCAACGAUAAGUGUGUGAAGCUCGCGGACUUCGGGCUGUCACGCUGGAUGGGAGAGGAUCAAAGUUACUACAAGGCUUCGAAGGGAAAACUGCCUAUCAAAUGGAUGAGCCCAGAGAGUAUCAAUUUCAGAAGAUUUACUACAGCUAGUGACGUUUGGAUGUUUGGUGUGUGUAUGUGGGAGAUUUUAAUGUUAGGAGUAAAACCAUUCCAGGGUGUUAAAAACAAUGAUGUAGCCAAUAAAAUAGAGAAUGGGGAACGAUUAGCCUUGCCUCCGAAUUGUCCUCCAAGGCUGUACUCUCUUAUGUCGCAGUGUUGGUCCUAUGAACCCAGCAAGAGGCCAACAUUCAAAGAAAUCAAAGAGAUACUUCAAGAGAUUUUGUUGGAAGAGAAAACGGCCCAACAGGAUACACUUCGUCGUGAAACCAGAAGGGCGGCUGCCAUGUCUUGGGGGCCCAACGACGAUUUUCCUCCUCCACCCAAACCUAGUCGGUAUCCAAUGCAAGCUGUGGAUUCAUCGUCGAUGAUGUCACUGGAAGCGACCGCCUCGCCGCAGACUUACAUCGUGGCCCAGAACCCGGAGGUCCUGGCUAGAUUGAUCAAGGAGAACGAACAGAGGGCCAACCCGGCAGCGUACACCACCCCAGCCUCGGUAUUUAACACGGUAGCCGUAGAAUUCGAAAAGAACGCGGAAACCCAGGAAACCAUCCUAAGAACCUGUCCCAUUCCGAUGCCCAAACUCCAGCAAUUAGACCCCGAGGUGCCGGAGAAUGCGGCCGGUGUUCUGGCCGAAGGCAAGAAAAUGGGCACCCUCGAAAGAACCCCGUCGCGGUCGAGCACGGGCAGUGCCACACCGAAAAUGGGGUCCCUGGAGAGGAAGACGCCCAUGGACUCGCCGAAAAUGAACUCGCUCGAACAUAACGCCCACCUGAUCCACAGUGCGGCCGGUAGCCUCGAGAAAUCCGGCAUGUUCAGCCCAAAAUUGGGCUCGUUGGAACGCAAAUCGCGGAACACCUCGCCGAAAAUGGGCUCGUUGGAACGGACCAACAGUCACACGGCCGCAUUCUCCCCCAAAAUGGGCUCGUUGGAACGCAACACCCACAUGAUACCCGUCGUCCCACCCCAGCACAUCAUUUACGAUCCCGACACCCUUCCCUCGUACCACCCCGAACCGGUGCUGUACCAGUUCGAAAAGCACAAAGAGAUGCCGCAGCCGUUCGAGGAGGGCAUUUACGAUUUCGGCGGUGCGGACGUUAAGUCCUGUGCGCACAAGCAGCCGUUAUUCUACAAGCCGGUCAAGGCGGCCGCCGUUCCUGCGCCCGUCAUGGCCGCCAUGGGGCCUCCGGUCAUUGUCGAUAAUAAAUUCCAAGAGCAACGUCUGCAGCCGACUUCGUCGCAAACGUCAAUCUACGGUGAUCAACUGUUGGAAAGGUAUCAACCUCCGCCGCAUUUCAAUCACCAGGUUCUAGAACAAAGAUUAAGACAACAACAGAGGGAAUCUGAGGAAGAUUCAAGAUGGCUGGCCGAAUCUGAAAUACACCUGAAAAAUCGUCUGAGUACCAUUCCGUCAUCCACCGAAUCGGACUCGGCACAAGAACAGUCGCAGUCGUUGACUUCGUUGCCAACCAGCCCCACAAGUUCAGUAAACUAUUCGAACUCUGCGUCGUACGCCUUGACAGGCAGCUUAGGUAGCAUGUCACUUAGCGGCAACGGUCUGCAAAGCAGCACUGGCUCCGUUUGCAGCAGCAAGAGUCACUCCCCCUCAGGCUCGAUCACUAGCACCAUGACACUGGCUGGCAAACAAGAGUCCGCCAACAGCGGAUCGGAAUGUGAGACUGAAAAAUCUAAGGAAAAUUCUCAACCGUCAACGGCUAAUCUGGACCGAACACACGACCGUGUUUAUGAGUGCACAACAGACGUAGUCAGGUCGAUAAUGUCAUUGUCACAUGGCGUCCAACAGUCGGACGCCGACCGCUAUUUGGACCUGGUGAAGAAAGUCGGAAUUGAUUUGAGAUCUUUGCUGGCCAGCGUCGACGAAAUCAUCACCUUAUUCCCGACGUCCGCCCACAGAGAAGUAGAAAUGGCUCACAAAGUGCUUUCCAAAGACAUGGCCGAGUUGGUCAACGCCAUGAAGCUGGCACAACAGUACAGCAACACCACAUUGGACGGCGAAUACAGAAAGGGUAUGUUGGGAGCCGCCCACGUAUUAGCCAUGGACUCGAAGAACCUCCUAGACGUGGUGGACGCAAUUCGCAUCCGUUAUCCGCAAAUCAACAAGCAGAUAUUCAAAUCGAACGAUUCGCUUCCAGAGGCGGAACAGCAUCAAGUAACCGAAUGUUCCGAGAAACAGGACAUGCCCAAGCCUACGUCUUAUGCCGCUCCGAUGUCGCCUACUGCCGUGUCCUGCACGUUCGUACCCAUGUAUACCAAUAACAUUCAAGCCCCAGCUUCGUCUUCGAGCUUAAGUACAAACCAAGUCGAUAGUUAGUUGAAAUAAAGUUAUAUGCUUCGAGCCACAACAGCUUCAAUAUUUAUAUCAAGUACUCAAACUCGUGAUAAGUUAAGUUGAUUAUUUUAAAAUGGAAAGUUAAACAGGAUUGAUAUCGUUAAAAUAGCAAUUAUUCGGGGAGCGAAGAUUUACGGUCAAACGAAACUGCAUUCCAAAUCUAGCAAAUGUUAUCAUAUAUAUUAUAAAGUAAUGUUUGGGUUUGAAUGGUUAUCGAGAAGAACUGGAAUUCUCUGACUGCAAGAUUCAUUAAAUCGAGAAGAAUCUUUAAUAUUAAUAGGACAUAGGUAUUUAUUGUAAAAUUAAUUGAGAAUCUCUUAUGUUAUUUUAUUCGCAACAUUAACGUGUUAAAAAAUAUUGGUAAUGUCCGACUUAAUUGAUUAUAACACCCGCACCUGUUAAAUUUUCAUGUUUAACUAGCAUAAUUGGAUCGAAACAUAUUUUAGGAGAGUGUUUUUUUACGAAAUCGUGAUAAUUUUUUCAUAUGCCAGUGUAUUGCGGCAUUGUUGAAUGUUUUUAAAUAAAGAGGAUUUUUAAGGUGUAAACCAGACUAGGUUAUCGAAUAAUGUGGAAAUGUGCGAAAAUUAUAUUGUAAAGUUGGAUUUUAUUCUUGCGCAAAAUUUCUCACAAUUAAAUAAAACUAUUUUAUUCUGAUUGAUAGGAAAUUUUAAAAAGCAUGCAACCUUGUGUUUAAAUUAUUCGACAUAUCAGUUGUGUUGUUGCAUUUUAAAAUUGCAAGAAAUUUUGCCCAAAUAAAUAAUAAAUUUACCACGUUUGGUGCAUUAUUUUAUAAUGCUUCUUAUUGUUUGACAUUGCUCAGUAUUAUGUAAAUUUAUUGGAAAAUCUAUGCACCAAUAUGUCAUGCCAUCCAAGUUACUUUUCUGUUUGUUUUGUAGAUAUUUUUUCUAAGACUGCCUAGGAUAUUAUUUUUAAGUAUAACGUAUGCUUUUUAGUGGCGUUUUAAAUAAAUUUUUAUCGAUUGAUUGAUCACUAAAGUCAAGCAUUUACAACAUUUGUCUUUCUCUUUAAUAUUUUGUACAUGUACCGAAUAUAUUCAAUGUAAACUAAGAGUUUGUGUAUCAAUUUCAAACAAUUAUUUUGAAUUUUAUUUCUACACUUUUUGUACAUUUUCUUGUAUUAUAUGUAUAUGUUGUGUUUGUUUUUUGUUUUCGAGCUUCCAAAUAUAGAAAGUAACAUGAAACACAA